AUGUCGCGAUUGCCGCCUCCUUCUCAAAAGAAACGCAAGCUCGACGACGCCAUCCGUGGCAAGACUACUAAGCCCAAGAAAUUCAAGCGACAGCGAGUUCAAGACUACCACUCAUCUUCGGACGAAUCUGAUGUGGACGAUGCGCAAUUUGCGCCGGUGACCCUUGCUGAUUCAGACGACGAAAGACCUGCUCCCCGGCUCAAAGGUGGAAAGGUUGCAAAGACACUGAAGAGCGCAAAGAAGCCACGGUCUCGAAAAGGCGAGGAUGAGUCUUCAGCUGAAGGUUCAUCAGACGAUGAUGAGGAUGGGGAUGGUGACCAAGAAGCCGUCUCGGCAAAACCAAAGCACAAGCGCAAUGAUCCGGACGCUUUCUCGACCUCGAUCUCCAAAAUCUUGUCUACAAAGUUGUCACAGUCCGCGCGUCAAGAUCCAGUUCUGUCACGAAGCAAACAAGCCGUUGACACAAGCCAAUCGGUGGCAAACGAACGCCUUGAGAGAAAGGCGAAGGCCAAGCUACGUGCAGAAAAGAAGGAGGAGCUCGAUCGAGGUAGGAUUAAGGAUGCCCUGGGCAUCGAAUCGGGCACCACAGGUGAAGUUGCUGUUGAAGAAAAGCGGCUUAGAAAGAUCGCUCAGCGAGGUGUUGUUGCUCUGUUCAAUGCAUUCAGGGCAGCGCAGGUCCGGGGCGAGCAAGCUGCAAAAGAGGAGCAGAAAAAGGGCACAGUCGGUAUAUCUAGUCGUGAGGAGAAGGUCAAAGAGAUGAGCAAGCAAGGCUUCCUUGAACUGAUCAAUGGCCAGAAGAAGGGCAAAUGA